AUGAGUAUUGAAUUCAAGAGUAGUCCAGUCAAAAGACACAAAAGAACUAUUGAUACCCUAAUAAAAUCAGAUCCCAUAAAUUCUAAAUCUAAAAUAGCUCCAAGAUCAAGUUUACAAUUCAAAGUUGGUCCACCAUUUGGUAAAACAAUUCAAGUAUCUUCAGUACAUUCAACUGCCACUAAAGAAGCACUAGUUCCCCAUAUUGAUGCUAGGAUAGAUAGAGGAUUUGAUUUAAUUGAUAAUGAAUGGAUUGGAUAUAAGAGGAAUUAUUUCUCAGUCGUUGCAUCUUUUCAAUUUGAAGAUUUCAAUAAAUUAGAAUUUCAAACUAGUGGAUUCUAUACGGAAAUAAAGAACCAAAUUCAUCCUGUUAAACGAUUUGCAAUUAGAUUGGUUUCAAGAUGCUUAGAAGAUAAUUCAGAAGUCCCAUUGGUUCAACAUACUGCCAAAAGAGAUCGAGGUCCACAAAUUGAACCACCAGUUGUAACUGUUGUUCCUGGUGCGCUACCUAGUCACUUUGUUAUUAAGGAAAGUGCCAAUAUUAGAAAACAAGCCAGGAUUAUCCAUUUUGAUAGACUAUUUUAUGAUGACAACUUCUUACCAAAGACUGAAGAAUCCAUAUUGAAUACUUAUCCCUCUGGAAACUUAACCAAGGUUGUCAAAUAUGAAAGAAUUCAAUUUGCAUCUUCUGCUCAGCAUCGAAAACCAAGUACUGGGAAGAAAAACUUUAUUUUACAAGUGGAAUUAAUGGUUGAAUUGGAAAAGGAUACAUAUGCCGUCAUUGCCCUUUCAGCUACUCCCCCAUUGACAGUUAGAGGUAGAUCUCCUUCCAAUUAUACUUUAUCUAAACUUUCAGGAAAUCAAGAACCUAGAAAACCAAGACACACUCAUAGUUUACCUCAAACUUCUAGACUUCCAAUUAAAAAAGAAAAUCUUGAACCAAAUUCAAUUUACUCAGAUGACAUUAUUCUUCAACAGGGUGACCCAUUUCUGGAAUAUGAAGAAGAAACGGAUAGUUAUGCAACUACAGAUUCUAGAUUUGAAUCUCCUAGACUUAUUAUUCUGGUUCCAUUCCCAAGUAGUAAUGUGUUUAGAUUUGAAUCCACUCCAAGCUCAUCUUCAAGAUUUAGUAGUAAGUUUCGUCUCGGGGAACCCUCACCUGAACCAGAACUGUUAGAACCUCAUUUCUAUUUAAGAAAAUCAUUUGAUAUUGAACUAGAAAAGCAAUGUUCGACAGCUUCAACUUUCUCAAGUGCAUUUACUGAAAAGUCAAUUGAAAAUCGUAUUAAUGGUUACCAUAAGACUUAUUUAGACGACUCGGCUGAAGAUCAAGCAUGUAUAUCUCCCUCUUUAUUAUUUAGUAUUCCUGAAUAG